UCUGCUCACUUCAGGGGCAUUUUUGUCCUCCUAGCUUUUCAUCUGCUCACUUCAUCUGCUCAUUGCAAGCCUUUGCCGAAUGUUAGUGGAACAUUGGGUGUUUGCAGCAUUAUUAAGAAGCAUUAAUGAGACGUGUUGUUCAUUUUUUGGAGCCAGCUCAUUUUGUGUUGUUUAAUUACAUUUUGCUCCCUCAAAAUACUCAUUGAAUGGACUAUAUAUUUUCAACUCAUGUCUAACAUAGUCAUUUUACAAUAGCUUUUUACUUUUGCUGUCAGACUUUAGAAAAUUGAGCCUUCUCUUCUCCUGUUCUUGGUUUUGCUCGCUUUCCAGCUCAUUGUUCUUCUCAGCUUCUUCUCACUCUCUCUGUCUCUGGUUCUUGCCGAGAAGACAAAUGGCGUUUGGAGCCAGGAACGAGCAGAAAGUUAGAGAGAUCGUGAAGCCUCGCACCGACAAAAGAGACUACCGAAGAAUCGUUCUUCACAACGCUCACGAGGUCCUCCUCAUCAGCUGUCCAGAAACUGAUAAGGUCUAUGCAGCUGCUACUGUCUUUCUUGUACCAUUUUUGGAGAGGAAAGGAAAUUUCCUGAGAGAUUGUUUUCCUCAACAAGAAGGUGCUGGUUGAAGAUUGAGGAAAAUCACAAGGAAAUACUAAAAGGAGGAGAAAAAGAUUUAGCUUUUCAGAGGAAUAGGAUGUGGAAGAGUAAAUAAACAGAACCCAGUGAGUUUGGGAGAACGAAGUAGCUUGCUCCAAGCCUGUACAUCUACUUUUGAGAAGAUGGUUUGGACUUAUAAACCCAAGAUGUAGACAGAAGCUUGAACUAGCUGCAUUAACAAGAAGCAUUAAUGAGAUGUGAUGUUCAUUUCUAUCAGCCAGCUCAUUUUGUAGCUGGCACUGAUUUUAGGCACUGGAGAAAGAAGAUAGUGAAGAUGGAAAUAAUUCUGAUUCUAGCAGUUAUUCUAAUGAUAAUGAGGACGAAAGGCCGGAGAGCAAAUCUAUCACCACCUCUUGGCCUCAAAGUUACAGAUUCUGUAUUUAGCAGUGAAGCACUUGGUUUCUUGGAAGCUGUUAUAUUUCUAUGGCAGUCCAUCGAUUUAUACAGCAGUGUACCAUCUCCAAGUCUUAACUUCCUGGGGAUGCCUACGUUAUCACGUUUAGGCAGCUCAUUUAUCUCUUCUUCAUUAACAAGAAGAUACACUCCUGAAGUACUCCCUUCUUUGCAAAAACCUCUAUUACCACCAGUAGCAAAUGCACGGCAGCCACCAGAAAGGCGUAGUUCACAUUCUCUGCUGCCCUCCAUUCAAAGGAAGCCUUCCUUGAGAAAAGCAACUGCUGACAGGAAAUCAUGCAAGGUCUCACAUGAGGUUUCUCUUCCUCGCCAGAGUUCAUAUGGACAAGCUGUGGUGAAUGGCAUAAAUGUUCUUUGUGGUGUUGGAAUUCUUUCAACUCCUUAUGCUGUCAAAGAAGGUGGAUGGGUUGGGCUCUCAAUUCUGUUUAUCUUUGCUGGAUGGGUUGGGCUCUUAUGUUGUUUCUUACUACGCUGGGAUUCUCCUGCAUUCCUGUUUGGACAGUCAACCUGGGCUCGAGACUUACCCGGAUAUUGGCCAUGCUGCCUUCGGCUCGAGAUGCUACAUCUGUUUCACUCAUGCCAGAUCCAAAAGCUAGAUUGUAUUUAUGCAGCCUCUUUGUCACUGCUGCUUUGAUUUGUUGCGUAUACUUCAUCGGAACUCCAUUCCUUGCGAAGGAUGACAUAGCAAGUUUCUUUCUUUUAGUUCUUUUUAAUUCAUUCCAUGGGACAUGGACUUUGGUUUAAUUACCCUGCUGUUAUAAUGGUUUGCUUCAAUGGGUAUCACAUAAACAUUUCUGAGGGCACUUUGGGCUUUGACGCUACAACUUCUGGUUAACUUCAAAUAUCAGGCGUACUUUGUUUCUCCUCUUCCCCCUCUUUCAAGAGCUGUGUUGAAGGAUUUUGGUAGCAUUUUACUAAGUGCAACAAAUAUUAGUUUCGAAGAAUUGCAAGAUCUUCAACAUUCCCAUUUGGAUAAUCUGUACUGUGGUAUAUUAGAAGAGAGAUGAUGUCAAGAUGUGGUAAAAAUUUAGCAAAAGCCUUAUUUAUAUUGAUUUAAUAAUUUUUAAAGAA